GAGUCUUACAAGUCAAUGAUUUCUCUAACACAAUACUAAAGUCUACUUUCAUUCAUUUGUCCUCGAACUUUGAACUUAGGUUCUAUUUUUAAGUUUGUGAGUGUAAAAAUGGUGCAACCCCAUGUCCUCUUGGUGACAUUUCCCGCACAAGGUCAUAUCAAUCCAUCUCUUCAAUUUGCCAAGAGGCUAAUCAAAAUGGGCAUUGAGGUGACAUUCACCACUAGCAUUUUCGCCCAUCGUCGUAUGGCGAAAACCGCGGCUUCCACCGCACCCAAGGGCUUAAACUUGGCGGCAUUCUCUGAUGGAUUUGAUGAUGGUUUCAAGUCUAACGUGGAUGAUUCUAAAUGUUACAUGUCGGAGAUAAGAAGUCGUGGGUCUCAAACAUUAAGGGAUAUCAUUCUGAAGAGUUCAGACGAGGGACGUCCUGUCACGUCCCUCGUCUACACUCUUCUGCUACCUUGGGCAGCUGAGGUAGCGCGUGAACUCCACAUUCCAUCCGCGUUACUAUGGAUUCAACCAGCAACUGUGCUAGACAUAUACUACUAUUACUUCAAUGGCUAUGAGGAUGAAAUGAAGUGUAGCUCAAAUGAUCCAAAUUGGAGUAUCCAAUUACCAAGGCUUCCAUUACUAAAAAGCCAAGAUCUUCCAUCCUUUUUAGUUUCAUCUAGCUCUAAAGAUGAUAAGUAUAGUUUUGCUCUACCAACAUUUAAAGAGCAACUAGACACAUUAGAUGGUGAAGAAAAUCCAAAGGUACUUGUGAAUACAUUUGAUGCAUUAGAGCUAGAGCCACUCAAAGCUAUUGAAAAAUACAAUUUAAUUGGAAUUGGACCAUUGAUUCCUUCAUCAUUCUUGGGUGGAAAAGAUUCAUUGGAAUCUUCAUUUGGUGGUGAUCUUUUUCAAAAGUCAGAUGAUGACUACAUGGAAUGGUUAAACACAAAACCUAAAUCAUCAAUUGUUUAUAUCUCAUUUGGGAGUCUAUUAAAUUUAUCAAGAAACCAAAAGGAGGAGAUUGCAAAAGGGUUGAUAGAGAUUAAAAGGCCAUUCUUAUGGGUAAUAAGAGAUCAAGAAAAUAUAAAAGAAGUAGAAAAAGAAGAAGAGAAAUUAAGUUGCAUGAUGGAAUUAGAGAAGCAAGGGAAAAUAGUACCAUGGUGUUCACAACUUGAAGUCUUAACACAUCCAUCUUUAGGAUGUUUUGUCUCGCACUGUGGAUGGAAUUCGACUCUGGAGAGCCUGUCGUCAGGCGUACCUGUGGUGGCAUUUCCUCAUUGGACAGAUCAAGGGACUAAUGCAAAAUUGAUUGAAGAUGUUUGGAAGACAGGUGUCAGGAUGAGAGUGAGUGAAGAUGGUGUGGUUGAGAGUGAAGAGAUAAAAAGGUGCAUAGAAAUUGUAAUGGAUGGUGGAGAAAAAGGAGAAGAAAUGAGAAAGAAUGCACAAAAAUGGAAAGAAUUGGCAAGAGAAGCUGUGAAAGAAUGUGGAUCUUCAGAAGUGAAUCUAAAAGCUUUUGUUCAAGAAGUUGGCAAAAGUUGUUGAAAAAUUAAAUUUCUUGAUGAGAAAUUGUUUCCUAAUUGUAAUUUUCUUUUUUUUUUCACAAUAAAAUUUGGAGUUAU